CCUCGAAAGCAUCAAGAGCGGCGCCACGAGGCUCUCCGACCUCCCGCCCAUCCAGGUCAUGGUCGGCGGAAGUGGCAGCAGCAGCAGCAGCAGCAACAACAGCAACAACGACAACGACAACGACGGAAACAACGACAACGACGACAACGGGCCCUGGUAUUUUUCCCUCAACAACCGGCGGCUCUGGGUCCUCAAGCAGCUGCGGAGGGAGGGCUUUCUGGAAGCCCACGGAAACAAGGUGGCGGUCCGGGUGCGGACGCCCAAGAGCAAGCAGGAACGAGACCGCUAYACGGUGGCCAACUGCUCMCUGGAGGCGAGGCUCAUGGGGGRAAAGAAGAAAGCGGCCCCUCCGCAAACCGGCGGCGGAAACAGCGGGGGCGAAUCCCCCGCGCCGAGCUCCGCCACGCCACCACCAAAGGAAGGAUCCGACCGCACCGGCGGCGGCGACAACGCACGCCCGGAACGGGCGGAAGGGAGCCAAGCGGCGGCCGGGUGGUCCGGGCCGGACAGCGAUGAGGRCAGCGAUUCCUCGGAAGAACCGGUGGUGAGCACGCGAAAUCGUUUCAGCACCAUGWUGAUGGUUGGCGACGAUUCGUCGAGCAGCAGCAGCAGCAGCAGCGACGGCGACGAAUGACGAACACGAGAGUGCACGGACGACGGCGACGAUGCACAACGAUGCAUCCGCCUGCGCACCGAUGGACACCGCACUUUUGUCACGGCRCAAMAAGACUACAACACUACUACUGUACCGCACUAUAGCAAUGGCAAAAACU